AUGUCAGCCAGAAAGGGCUAUCUGCUCCCUUCGCCAAAUUAUCCCCCAACAAUGUCAUGCUCGGAGAGCCCGGCCGCCAACUCUUUCUUGGUGGACUCGCUCAUCAGCUCGGGCAGAGGCGAGGCCGGCGGCGGCGGCGGCGGCGCGGGGAGCGGCGGCGGCGGCGGCGGCGGCGGCUACUACGCCCACGGCGGGGUCUACCUGCCGGCGGCCGGCGACCUGCCCUACGGGCUGCAGAGCUGCGGCCUCUUCCCCGCGCUGGGCAAGCGCAAUGAGGCGCCGUCGCCCGGGGGCGGCGGGGGAGGCGGCGGCGGGGGCCCGGGGCCCGGCACCCACGGCUACGCGCCCGCGCCCCUAGACCUGUGGCUGGACGCGCCCCGCUCCUGCCGGAUGGAGCCCCCCGACGGCCCGCCGCCGCCGCCCCAGCCCCCGGCGCAGGCCACCGCCUGCUCCUUCGCCCAGAACAUCAAAGAGGAGAGCUCCUACUGCCUCUACGACUCCCCGGACAAAUGCCCCAAGGGCUCGGCCGAGCUGGCCCCCUUCCCGCGGGGCCCGCCGCCCGACGGCUGCGCCCUGGGCGCCUCCAGCGGGGUGCCCGUGCCCGGCUACUUCCGCCUGUCGCAGGCCUACGGCACGGCCAAGGGCUUCGGCGGCGGCGGCCCCGGCGGCCCCGGCGGCGGAGGAGCCGCGCAGCAGCUCGCCAGCCCCUUCCCGGCACAGCCCCCGGGGCGAGGCUUCGAGCCUCCGCCCGGGCUGGCCCCCGGCUCGGCCGAGGCCGCCGGCAAGGAGCGAGCCCUGGACGCCACGCCGCCGCCCCCCACGCUGGUCGGCGGCGCCGGGGGCUCGCAGGGCGACGAGGAGGCGCACGCGUCCUCGUCGGCCGCGGAGGAGCUGUCCCCGGCUCCCUCGGACACCGGGAAGGCCUCUCCGGAGAAGGAGUCCCUGGGCAACUCCAAAGGCGAGAACGCAGCCAACUGGCUCACGGCGAAGAGCGGCCGGAAGAAGCGCUGCCCCUACACCAAGCACCAGACGCUGGAGCUGGAGAAGGAGUUCCUCUUCAACAUGUACCUCACGCGGGAGCGGCGCCUGGAGAUCAGCCGCAGCGUGCACCUCACGGACAGGCAGGUGAAAAUCUGGUUCCAGAACCGCAGGAUGAAACUGAAGAAAAUGAACCGGGAGAACCGCAUCCGGGAGCUCACAGCCAACUUUAAUUUCUCCUGA